AUGUUUCCAAGGUGUUUUCACAUCGCUGGUGCCGGUGACUCCCCAAGCGUAUCCAGGGCUGACCUGGCUACAAUCCCAAUCACAUCCGCAUCCACAGCUGCAACUAUUCCACCUCAGCACCUCAACCGACAUUAUUAUCACGCCGGUAGCGCCAUCUUCGCUACCUCGAGAACCCUCCCAGACAGUCGCUUCAGCCUCUACCUCCGCAAACAUCACAGUGUCAGCUCCUUUGGAAGGAGCUCAAGACCCACUCAGCCUCAGGGACGGUUGACACACCUUAUCAUCCACCCGGACCAAAUGCGGGCAGGAGAGAUCCAAGGCGGAGGAGUGCGCGUUGAACAUGGUAAUGCUCUGGUGGCCGCGUUGCUGAACGGCGAGAGCAACGUGGUCCAACUGCUUCUUGAACAUGGUGCCGACGUGAAUGUUCCGGGCGGAAAUUACGGCACUGCUUUGAAGGUGGCAGCUCUCCUGGGAUAUGAGAAGAUAGUCCGGCUACUCCUUGGCGGGGGUGCCGAUGUGACCACCAAUGAAGGAUUUUGGUACACCGCGCUAGAAGGGGCGACGAAGGAAGACCGAGAUAAGGUAGUCCGACUGCUCCUUGAGCGUGAUACACACGUCAACGCCCAAAAGGACCAGUUUCUGCUUCUGGAAAAGGGUGCCGACGUGAAUGCGCAAGGAGGAGACUUUGGCAAUGCUCUGCAAGCGGCAUCAAUGUCUGGCCAGGAAGGGAUAGUGCGGCUGCUCCUGGAUCGCGGUGCAGACAUCAACGCUCGGGCAGGCUGCGGCGACGCACUGCAGGCCGCGGCCUACCAUGGCCAUACAAAGGUGGUCAAGCUGCUGCUCGACUACGGUGCGGACGCCAAGGCACCCAGAGGACUGUUUGGUACAGCGCUGCAAGCAGCGACACGCUCCGGUAACGAAAGAGUGAUUCAGAUGGUGGACAAGGCAAUCGAGUCGGAUCGGAAGGAUUUGAUGGUACCAGGCGUGUCUACUUAA